AUGGCCAACCAAUCCACUGUGACAGAAUUCCUUCUGAUGGGAUUUUCUGAUGACUGUGAUAUGCAAAUUCUGUAUUUCGUAUUGUUUCUUGUCAUUUACUUACUAGCCUUAACUGGGAAUUUUCUUCUGGUGGUAGCUGUCAUCCUAAAUCACCACCUUCAUGCUCCCAUGUACUUCUUUUUGGCAAAUUUGUCAUUCUCUGAUGUUUGCUUCAUCUCAACUAUGAUCCCAAAAGCCAUGGCCAUUUCUCUGACCAACAACAGGCUGAUCUCCCAUGCUGGAUGUGCUGCUCAGGUCUUCUCAGUUUUCACCUUUGGAGGUGAUGAGCUUGCCUUGCUCACCAUCAUGGCUUAUGACCGUUAUGUGGCCAUCUGCCAUCCUUUGCAAUAUAGGCUAAUCCUGAACUGGGAUGCUUGUAUCCAAAUAGCAGCUGCUUCCUGGCUUACCUGUAUGAUCCAUGCGUUGCUACAAACUGUAAUUGUGUUUCAAUGGAAAUUUUGCAGGUCAUAUAGGAUUGAGCAGUUUUUCUGUGAUGUCCCCCAGUUACAGAAAAUUUCCUGUAGUGAUACAAGAAUUAGUCAAAUUCUGAUUUUAGUUAUAGGGGUUAUUGUAGACUCAUUUUGCAGUGGGUUCAUUUUUGUUUCCUAUGGCUACAUCUUCUCUGCUGUGCUAAAAGUUCCAUCAGUUCACGGCAAAUAUAAAGCUUUCUCAACAUGUACUCCACACCUGAUGGUUUUUUCUUUAUUUCUGAGCUCUGCUGUGUUUGCUUACAUGAGUCCCCAAAGUCUUUCCUCCCAUACUUUGGACUUGCUCUCCGCUGUGCUCUACACAGUUUUGCCCCCACUGCUCAAUCCCCUCAUUUAUAGCUUCAGGAGCAAGGACGUCCAAAAGGCUGUGCGGGGAAUGCUUAAAAAGUAA